AUGGGCCGAGGGGUGCGUCCGGUCAAGUCGCGCCAGGCGGCGUGGGCCGAGCCGCCCAAGAAGGAGCCGAGCUUCAAGAAGCUCCGGGCCAAGGUGGGGACAGCCGUCGCACCGUUCGAUGACAAUCAUAGGUCGGCUUCGACCUUUGCGAGUCGCUUCCAGCUCCGCUACGAGCGCUUCCGACUUAUCGUGUCGCUCUUGCCAGUGAUCAUUUCUCGCCUAGUUGGCCGCCACGUCUCGUGGGUCAGCUCGUCCAACACGACCGCCUUCUCGAGCCGCGGGGGCGGGUCCCGCUCGCGCCGCCGACGGUCGCGCUACAACCGGCUGCUCGACGCGUUUCUUGCGCUUCAAGCGCGGCUCGGCGUCGGCGCCAUCGUCAGCAUUGAGAUGGUCCAUCAGCUCUACAUCCUCUUUAGCGUCCCGUACCGGGUCGGGUUCCUCUACGACCCGUACGAUGGCGAAGCUGGCAAGUCGAAAACAUGGUGGCUCUCGCUGUACCUUCUCGCGGCCUGCGACGUGCUGGCCUACGGUAUCGCGGUCGGCAGUCUCGUGCACUCGCUUGUCGACCGGCGCAAGGUCGCUACGGUCAAGCCGCGGACCAUCGACGUCUUCUCGAUGAUGCGGCACACAACCAACGCCCAAGCAGCGAUCGUCAAGUUUAGCAUGACGCGCCAAGAGUCGCUUCGGCGCCGAUCGUCGUUCAUGUCCAAGGAGGCGAGCAUGAAGCCCGAGUUCCUCCUCAGCGCGUCGUGGGACUCGGGCCGCGCGAUUCGAAAAGCCCACGUAUUCAUGCAGCUCGUUGCGCUCAUUCCCUUCCAACUCGCAAGCAUCUACGCUCCGAAUUUACUCCACGUCACGUGUAUUCCGAUGCUAUUGCGCGCCGAGAUGGCACCGCGCGUUGCCCGUGCGCUCAAGCGGUCGUUAGCGGAGAACGAGCGACUCAAGGGCUUUCACAACGCCGGCAUGUCGCUCCUCAUCCUGUGCGUGGCGCUCAACUUUGUGGCGAUGCACUGGUAUGCGUGCACCUUUAUGUUGAUCAACCACAUCGAGUGCGGCUACGAGAGCAAUGCGUGCGACGUCGGCACGUCGUGGGCCGCCCGCAAUGGCAUUGUCGGGCCCAAGCUACUGCACACGUACGUCUACUCGCUCGUCGUCGCCGGCUACGGCUUUUUGAUUCCGGAAACCAACUUGGAGCGCGUCUUUGUCAUUUUGAUUCAAGUCGGUCGGUACAUUGCGUUUGUCGGCGUCGUCUCGGCUUUUGUCUUCCUCUUCGAAUGCCAAAACAGCCGGCGCAACCACUUUAGCGACAAGGUCGACGACAUCAAAGAGUUUCUCGUCGACAAGCGCGUCUCGGCGGAAAUCAAAGCCAAGGUGCUCGACUUUUACGAGCAUUUCUGGACUGCGCAGCGGGGCAUCCAAGAAGGUACGAUCGUUGCGUCGCUGCCGUCGCACAUUCAAACCACGUUCCUCCAUCACCUUCGCGUCCGGCUGCUCAAAGCUGUCCCGAUACUGCGCGUGCAGCCGGUCCACAUCAUCAACCGGCUCGUGUUUGAGAUGCGCCGGCAGAGCUACUCGCCCCGCGACUGGGUUUUGUACGACGAGCGCUGCGAGCAGCUGUAUCUCAUGGGCCGCGGCCGCAUCGCGAUCAUGCAUGCCAAGUCCGACGACGUGCACAGCUACAUCCUCGAUGGCCAGUACUUUGGCCUCUCGAUGCUCGUGCCCGAGCACACGGCGACGGUCCGCGCCCGCGCCGAGACGUACUGCGACGUGUAUACGCUGACGCGCCAAGACAUUUACGACGUCUGUUUGCGCUGGGACGCCAAGCAAAUUACGUUUAACGCGAUCGUCGACGGUGUCCGCGAGUACCUCGUCACGUCGCAGCGGUCGUCCUUGUCGCACGUGGCGAUGAAGAAGUUUCAGGCCGCGGACGCGUGGUUCAUGCCAACGUCGCGCUUCCGCAAGUACUGGGAGUGGGGCAUCAUGGUCGCCCUCCUCUUUUUUGCGAUCGACAUUCCGUACCGGCUCUGCUUUGCACGCGUUGACGACAUCACCUACUCGCUCUUUGCGAUUCGAACGACGCUCGAUGUGUUUCUCUUUAGCGACGUCAUCUUUCAGUCGCGCUACUUUGCGUUUGUCCAAGACGAGCGCGUCGUGACCGAUCGGCGGAGCAUCUUUCUCUACUACAAGGAGCAUGGCAUGGUGCUCGACUACAUUUCGAACCUCCCGUUUGCGAUCGUCGUCGACUGCCUUCCGCUGAGCUUCAAGCAUGCCAACACCGAAGCCGUCUUGGUGCUGCACAUGUGCGAGUGGAUUCGGUUCCUGCGCAUGCGCCACUUGCUGCCGACGAUCAACCGGGUCCUCAAGAAGCUCCAAGUCAACGACACCACCUUUGUGAUCGUGUACCUCUUCUGUUGUCUUCCGAUCGUGUGCCACAUUAGCUCGUGCCUCUGGUACCUUCUCGCGACGUGGAAAAGCGACAGCAUGCUGGAGCACGACGAAUUCGACGCCAACGACUUUACGCGCACGCAGUGUCUCGAGAUGGCGCGGUCGUUCAACAAUUGCACGUGGCUCCUCUACGACAAUGUCGAAUUCCAAGUCUCGAGCGACUAUGUGCGCGCCUUCUACUGGAGCGUCGUGAGUCUUGUGACCGUCCAGUUUGGCUCCAUCUUCCCGUUCACGGUCGUCGAGUGCGUCUACAUGUUUGCGUGGAUCUUUGUUGGCAGCAUCCUCAACUACGGCGCCAUUGGCGCGCUUGUCAACGCUGUCACGCGCAUGAACGCCGCGACCGAAGCCAAAGACGAACACCUCAAGCUCGUGCACCGCUUCAUGCACGCGGAAGGGGUCUCGCGUCAAGUGCACCGGGACGUGAGCAGCUACUUCAAACACCGUUGGACGUCGUCGACCGAGCAGCAGAUUCUGACAGCGCUCGAGCCGCUGCCCGACAACCUCCGCCAGGCGAUCCAGUCGUAUUUGCAUGCAAAGGCUGUUGCAAGCAUCCAGCUGCUUCAAGACAUUGACAAGAACGAGCUCAAGCACAUUUACGAGAUCAUGGCGCACCGGUCGUACCGAAAGGACGAGGUGCUCGUGCGGGCGGGCGACGUCGGUGACGAGCUCUACAUCAUCACACGCGGUGCAGUCGAGCUCACACUGCCCAUCAACGGCGUUCCGACACCAGUGAUGGUCAUCCACGAAGGCGCUUGCAUUGGCGAGGGACAGUUUCUGGCGCGGACGCCGUACCCGCUGACUGCCACCGUCGUGAGUCCGUCGAUCGAUGUCAGCGUCUUGCACAAGCUCGACUUUGACGACAUCGCCAAGCAUCUCGAAGGGUCCAUGGAGGACAUUGAGGCGCAGUCGGUCCUAGUCAUGAAGAAGGAGUUUGCGUGGCUGGCUAGCAUUCGCUCCAACCUCGACCGUCGCAAGAUUCGACAUUCGAUGCACCGGGCAAACAGCAAGGGUCUCUUCUCGGACCCGACGAUGCGCUUGUUGUACGUGAACCCGGGCAUGAACGCCUACCGCGUCUGGGAGUGCGUCAUGCUGGUCGCGGUCCUCUACAACUUCAUCUCGAUUGCGUAUCGCAUUGCGUUUCUCAUGGUGCCAAAGCCCGCGAUCAUGGACAUCUUUUCCAUGCUGGACUAUGCGACCGACGUCAUCUUUGUCGUCGACAUGUACAUCAAGUUCAACCACCUCACCUUCUCCGACCGGUACGGGGACCAGGUGACGGAAGUGUCGUGCAUCCGGUGGCACUACCUCCAAUCGCGCAGCUUCAAGCUCGACGUGGUCGGGAGUCUUCCUCUCUACUACGUCGGCGACUACAAAAUCAUGACCUUGUGCCGUCUCCCGCGCCUUGUGCGCUGCAUGGACCUUCGGUCACUCUGGGCCGACAUCUCCCAUUACAUCCACGAACAUGUGAGCGCCGACCGCAUCGCCGAGUACCUUGAGCUCUUCAAGCUCCUCAUCGUGCUCGUCCUUGGCUCGCACAUCGCAGGCGCGGGCUUGUACUUUGUGUCGACCACCGACGUUGAGGCCGCGAUCGCGCACGGCCACGAGCCGCACCACAUUUGGUAUCUGCACGACAAGGUGAUCCAUGAGCACCACCACGAGGUCGGCAUCCUCUACCUCCGCGCGUUCUACUGGGGCCUCGGCGUCCUAAGUUCGUUCGACUUUAUGGACAUUGAAGUCACGCUGCUCGCCGAGACGCUGUGGUUUUGCGCCGUCGCAAUUGUCGGCGUCCUCUUCCUCGGCAUCGUCAUUGGCCAAACCUCAACGUCCAUCUACAAUGCGAGCAAGGACACGCGGGAGCUCGAGUUUCACAUUGAGCGCUUCAAAAAGUACGCGCGGUCCAAGAAGCUGCCGCACAUGCUCCUCGAGCGCGGCAAGCUCUUCUUACGCUUUCAGCACGACUGUAGCAAGGGCAUCGACGCGCACGAGGUGUUUGGGGAUCUCCCACACCACUUGCGCCUCGACCUCUUCAAGGAUCUCUACACGACAUGGGUCCGCAGUGUGCCGUACUUUACCGGUCUACAGCCUGCGCAAAUCUACGGCAUUGCUGCCAAAUUGAGCCAAGAACUGUAUCUUCCCGGUGACGACAUGGUGCUGGAAGGCGACGUCGCGACGCACUUUUUCAUCAUGAAGCGCGGUCGCGCAGAGAAGUACCUCAAGUCCCACAUGUUGGUGUUUGCGCCGGUGGACGAAGGCGUUGUGUUUGGCGAAGACGCCUUCUUCCUCGACAUGCGCUACAGCUACAGUAUUCGCGCUGUCAAAUGCAGCGAAGUGCUUUGCCUUCCGCUCUCGGAAUGGGAGGGCAUGUGGCCUCUCGAAACGCGCGUUGAAGUCGAGUGGCGCAUCAAGAAGGAGGUGCAGGCCGACGUCGCGGCCAUGAAGCGCGCGAUCGUCGCCAUUACGCGCAACCUCGGUGUCGGAUCCGGCGGCAAGCCCGCGCCCGUCAAGAUCAAAGCCCUCAUCCUUCGCGACAUCCACACCAAAAGCACGGCAGCAUGGCACACCGCCAUCACCUUUGCGCGGCAGCAAGCCGCCAUCCCAUCGACCGAGAUACGACCGAGCGUCACGGGUGCACUAGCUGGUGAUGCCUUGGCCAGUCUCGUGCGGCUCCGCAACGAAGAACAGCAAAAGCAAGCGACCAUACUGCCACCCAAGAAGAACUCGUUCACGAAGCGGUCGUUUGGGUCCAUGCUCGGGGGCAAGCGCGGGCGCCAAGACGAGGUUGGCGUCGCUACGACGCAGAUGACGCUCGAGACGCUUACCAUCUGGCACCAUGACCCACCGCCGCCGCCAUACUUGAUUCCCCACUCGCGCUUCCGUGAGAUCUGGGACCUCGGCUGCCUCGCAGCAACCAUCUACUUUGCGUGCGCGUUGCCGUUUCGCGCGUGCUUUGUGCUCGAGUGGUCACCGCUUGCGAUCGGGUGGUUUGCGGCCGAGUACCUCCUCGACGGUCUCUGCCUCGUGGACAUUGUCCUGCGCUUUCAGUACUUUUACGAGUUCAAGGCCGGCGAACUCCAAGUCUCUCGGGCGCUCGUGCGGCGGCGGUACUGGCGCCACGGCGGCCUUGCCAUGGACCUUUUCGCGCUCCUCCCGCUCGAGUUCCUUGCGCUACUGCUGCCCGUGGACGGCCACGCGCGCUGGCAAGUCGCAUCGCUCCUCCGACUCAACAAGAUGGUGCGCAUCGUGCACUACCCCGCGCUCACCUCGACGCUACAGCGGUUCCUCGGGCGGUUCCCAUCGACGCGGCACCACGAGGUGCUCGUCAAAUUUGUCUGCUCGUUCUUGAUGCCGCUCUUCCUUGCCGCGCACUGGAUGGCGUGCGUGUGGUUCUUCACGGCCUUCAACCUCUUGACCGAGACGCAGUCGCCGUCCUGGCUCGUCGCCACGGGCUACGUCAAUGGCACGACCAAGCUGCCGCUGAGCCCGACGCCCAUCAUCCAUCUCUUGCUCUCCAACCACGUGCGAUUCACGAGCCUCAAUGUCUACCUCGUGGCGCUCUACUAUGCGACGUCGUCGCUCACGAGCCAGAGCUUUGGCGACGUCGUGAGCACGAACGUGCUCGAGACGUAUCUCACGGUCGCCUUUAUCGUGAUUGCCAUCACCGUCCUCGGGCUCCUCACGGGCGUUCUUUCGGGCUUGAUGGAAGAGCACCUCGCGAUGCGAAUGAAGUUUGAGCAAAAAAUGAUCGACAUUUCAACGUUCUUCAACUAUCGCCGGCUCCCGUUCGAGUUCUUCGUGCAAACGUCCGGUGUCUUUCGGUCGCUAUGGCAGCGGAGCCAAGGACAGACCGAGUUUGAGAUCCUCUCGACGCUCUCGCCGAAAAUGAAGGAAGACAUUGCGAUGCACGUCAAGCGCAGCAUGUUGCUCAGCCUCUCGUUCCUGGCGACGGCCCACGAAGUCUUUUUGCGAUCGCUUGUCACGGUGCUCGAAACCGAGCAGUUUGUGUACGCCGACCUCAUCUACCAGGUCGGCGACGUCGGUCGGGUCCUCUACUUCAUCAACGUCGGCGGCACGACCGUUCUCGCGGCCAAGAAGACGCCGCUCGAGAAAUUUCAGGGCAGCCUCUUUGGCGGCCGGUCGCUCUUUGAAGAUCGUGGGCGUGAGUACACGGCGAUCGCCAACUGCGACUGCGAGUGCUUCCUCCUCUACUUUGACGACUUUGAUCUGCUCAUGGAGCGCUUCCCCGAGUACUUUGACCAGUGCCGCGACGAAUGGAUGCACACGGAGCGCGAGCUUGACGAAGAGGCCGAGCGCGAAGAUCAGGAAGUGGUCGAGCGCUCAGAUGUACCCGUGGCGCGACGCGAGUCCGCUCAGUUGGGCAAGGGCAACAACAACAACAACAGUCGACGGGACAACCGCAAGAGCCAUGGCCGGCGCGAGUCGACCGAGCGUCGUGGCAGCACGACGUCGCAUUCGAGUGCUGCAUUCAGCACGAUGGGCGACUAA